AAUUUUUGCCUAACCAAUUUGUUUUAAUGGUUUGCCCUUUAAGUCAGUUCGAUAAAAGAGGAUCUUAUUGGGACUAGAAUAUACAUGGUCAAAUUAAUAACAUAGAUAAAUAGGGAUGCUAAAAGAUUAUAACAAUAUAUGUAGUAAUAAAAUUAAGUAACAAAUGUUAUCAGAACUCAGUAUCUUCGAUUCAAAUUUUGUAAUUAUCUCAUAAAAUUAAUUUAUAAAAUAUAAAAUUCGUAACAAGUUUCAAAUUUUGAAUCUGUGUAACGUGAAGAAGAAUAUUAGCCAAAAUGACAACAUCUUUCCCCAUGAAUGAUGGUAAUAGUGCUUAUAGCUACUUCAAUAACUCCCAACGACAGGUAUUAAAUUAAUUUAAUUUCUUCAAUUUAGUAACAAAAUUUAUUAAUUUUUAUGAUUAUAUAUAUAUAUAUAUAUAUAUGUAGAAAGAAAUUAUAGAUGCUUCAAAGGAGAUGGUGAGAGAGGCAAUUAUUGGAAAACUUGAUGUUGAAGUUAUGUUCUCUUCUUCAAAAUUAUUUCGUAUAAUAGAUUUGGGAUGUUCAAUUGGACCAAAUACUUUCCAUGCAAUGCAACAUGUUGUAGAUGUUGUAAAGGAAAAAUACAACAAUAUUAACCUUGAAUUCCAAGUAUUUUUUAGUGAUCAUAUCGAUAACGAUUUCAACACUCUUUUUCGAUCACUACCUAUGGAUCGAUCCUACUAUGCAUCUGGAGUUCCAGGAUCAUUUCAUGGUAGAUUAUUUCCAUCGCGAUCGAUACAUUUUGCACAUGCUUCUACUUCUAUACAUUGGUUAUCUAGGGUUCCAAAAGAAUUGUUAGAUGAGAAAUCUCCAUCAUGGAAUAAAGGAUUGAUUCACUAUGGUACAUCAAAUAGUGAAGUAGUCAAAGCUUAUGUUGCUCAAUUUGAAAAGGACAUGGAAGUUUUCUUUAAUGCAAGAGCUGAGGAGAUUGUCCAAGGAGGAAUGAUGGUGUUUAUUUCACCAUUUUCAAGCUAUAUACGUCUCGUGGAAUUUUUCGGUUCUAGUCUUAUGGAUUUGGUAAAUGAGGGAAAGUUAGAUGAAUCUCUAGUAGACUCAUUCAAUUUGCCAAUGUAUUUUCCCUCUCCACAAGACAUGACUAAAGUAGUGGAGAAAAAUGGAUGUUUUAGCAUAGAGAAAAUGGAGUUGACACAUCCUAAAUCAAAGCUUGUGGAUGAUUUUGAUGCAAAAACUUUUAUAAUAAACCUAAGAGCUGUUUUAGAAGGGCUUCUCAUCAAUCAUUUUGGGAGUAAAAUAGCAGAACAAGUUUGUGAAAGAACUCUUCUUAAAGCUGAAGAGAUUUCAACAUGGAUGAAAGCUAAUGGUGGAAAACCAUGCCAAUUAUUUGUUGCUUUAAAGCGAAAAUGAAUUUUUAUGAACGAAUCUAUAUAUUAUAACGAAGAUCAUACUUUCA